AUGAGGCGUGCACUCCCCCUCAGUUUUUCAAGCUUUUUUUUAGACAAAUGUGACUCCAUACGCCAGCGUUCCACAGGGGAAAUUUUCAUCGGGGGACUUAUCACGAUGAUAGGUCGAGCCAUCGGCCUAGACUUCCCGGAUCCCGAGUACAUACCUGUCGAAACCCCACUGAACUUCCUGCUAGACUGUGAUGCUCUCAUCCGGAUGGAGAUGUUGCUCGAUCGGGGAACCCUAAUGUACAGUUGGUUAGACUCUGACAAAGCCCCGGUUUACAUCCUGCCAAGUUGGAUUGGUUCUUCAUUCGACACAGGCGACCCCGACACUUGGCUUCCUCCAGAUCAAUUGACCCAAGCAGGUGUAUUCCCAGAAUUCGGUGAUGAUGAGGGUGACGACGCAGAGGAACAAGAGGAAGAAGAUGAUGAAGAGGAUGACGAGAUGCCCGAAGCUGAGGACUAUUUUGACCAGCCUUCGAUGCAACAUCCGACGUUUCAACAUGACCAAUUCCAGGCUCCUCCACAACGUUUUGACCAUCCACAUCAGCACGGGGGACACGAAGUCCCACCAUAUUUCCCCCCUACGUUCUUUGACCAAUUUUCCAUGAUGGUCUCCACGGUGCAGCGCAUCGACACCCAAACGCAAGAGAAUACGAGAGCCAUCCAAGAUGUUGCGAGUCGUGUUGAUCGAUUGGAGCAGUCAUUCCCACCCACUUCCCGCCAGGUCCAGGAUAUGAGGGACUACCACUAUCGUCACGGGCAUUUCCCGCCGCCCGACCCUCCGAUUUAG